AGCUCUACUCCCAUUAUUAUCGUUUUCUGUGAUCUUUUCUACAUACUGUGCUUCAAAAGAAAAAGGAAAAUGCAGCGUGCGUUCCUUCGUCGUCUCAGCAAGCGUGCCGUCGUUCCUGCAACUGCGGCGCUGCUUCGGUUUUCUCAGACGCAGUGCGCUGGUCGUGCCCCUGUUACCGCGUGCGCAGGCGCUGUUCUUGCCUACCAGUGCUCUAUCCGAGCCUACUCCGAUGCCCACCACGAGGAGAGCGCUACUCGCAGCGGCCAAUACCUCCUCGACAAGAACGACGUGCUGACGCGUGUGCUCGAGGUAGUGAAGAACUUCGAGAAGGUUGAUGCCUCUAAGGUGACGCCUGAGUCUCACUUCGUGAACGAUCUCGGCCUCAACUCUCUCGACGUUGUGGAGGUCGUUUUUGCCAUCGAGCAGGAGUUCAUCUUAGAUAUCCCUGAUCACGAUGCCGAAAAGAUCCAGUCCAUUCCUGAUGCUGUGGAGUACAUUGCGCAGAAUCCAAUGGCCAAGUAA